CCGCUGUCAAGGCUUGAAAAGAAACUGCGCCUGCGCGCCGCUCCACGACUUGGGGAGGGGGGACUAGUGCUUGGAGGCAUCGCACCUGCGCAGAGAGGACUCACGGACUGCUGUCUACUUUGUUUCUGCGUUCCGCGCUCAAAUCAAGGGGGUAUAUCUUCAUGAAUAACUUAAAUGACCCUCCAAACUGGAAUAUCCGGCCUAAUUCCAGGGAUGAUGGGGGUGAUGGAAGCAAAUGGAACUAUGCCCUGUUGGUUCCCAUGCUGGGACUGGCUGCUUUUCGUUGGAUUUGGUCUAGAGAAUCCCAGAAGGAAAUAGAAAAAGAGAGAGAAGCAUACCGUCAGAGAACAGCUGCUUUCCAGCGGGAUCUUGAAGCCAAGUACCAUGCCAUGAUCUCGGAAAACCGACGUGCCGUUGCUCAGUUGUCUUUGGAACUUGAAAAGGAGCAAAACAGAACGACUAGCUAUCGAGAAGCCCUUAUCGCUCAGGGACGCAAGUUGGUGGAAGAAAAGAAGCUUCUGGAACAGGAACGGGCUCGGGUCAUGCAAGAAAAGAGACAGUUGCAGCCCUUGAGAAAUGCGUAUCUGAGCUGCCUGGAAAAGGAAGAAGACUGGCAGAGGAGGGCCCGGCUUCUGCUGAAAGAGUUUGAAAGCGCUCUUUCAGAAAGGCAGAGUAUCUACUGCAGCCUGGUCCUCCCUCGCCGCAAGCGCCUGGAAAUAGAGAAGAACUUACUGGUCCGAGCAUACACCGACCCCAUUGCUGCAGACCUAGAAAUGGCAGCAGGCUUGACCGACAUAUUUAACCAUGAUACCUAUUGUGGUGAUGUCUGGAACACCAACAAACGCCAAAAUGGGAGACUCAUGUGGCUGUAUCUCAAAUAUUGGGAACUACUUGUUGAAAUGAAAAAGUUUAAGAAAGCAGAGAAAGCCAUACUAGAAGAGUAAGAGGAGAGGAUGAAAUAAGACUUCUUGUAAUGACUCAAGGUCAGACCGUCUUUGUGGCAUUCUGGGUUAUCCAGUGGUUGCUUUUUCCCUUCUUCCUGUUACCUGAGUCACCUGUGUUGUGGCCACUUGCACAGUGUCCUUCCAGCCUGCCACCCUCUGAGUGGGACAGCAGCCGUCAGCAGACACAGGGUUUGCUCCCUGAUCCUCUACAGUUACUAAGGAAGCUGUUUCUCAGAAGCGGUUUUUAAGCUGUUGCCAUUUUAUUAAGCAAAGAGUAUAUAUAACCUCAUAUCUUAGCUCUAGCGUAAAACUGUUUUUUAAGAAAGCGAAAUACAGUAGUGAGCCGCGCUAUAAGAAAUUUCCUGUCUGGUUUUAUCACUACCUAAAUAACUUCUGCCUUUUCCACAAAUUAUUUUUCUUUCUUCUAAAAUUACAUUUAGAAGUCAUCAGGUAAUGGAUAGAACUUCCUACUGCCAAGUAAUGGACAGAACUGCCUAACAAAUGGCAAUUGGGAAACAGUAACAUUAUUGAGGAUUUAUAUUUUAAACAUUUCUCCCACCAAAGGGAAAAAAGGGUUUCUUGUAUCCACUUGAUUCCCUAGUAAGUGUUUGGAAUUUGGCUUGUCUGUAUUCAGUAAACAGAUAUUGUUGAUUACUGAUGACAUACAGUAAAAAAAAACCUGCAGUUUCAAAGAUACCUACCACUUACAUGUAUAAUUUUUACUCCUUACAAAAUGUUUUUACAUAGAUUAUCUCGAUUUUUGCCACAAAUCAAUAGGUAGGAAGGCUCUCGUGGCCCUGUUUUUCACAAAGCUAAUAUAAUAUGAAUCAGCCUUUACUAUUCUUUAUGCAUGUCACUCAAGUAAUCCCAAUCCCACCCCUGUGCAGUAAGUUAACGUUACCAUCCUCUGGGUCCAGGGUCCCCGAGACUACCCCUAGGUUGGAUGACUCAGCACAGAGCUGUGCUCAUCGUGAAGAUUUAGUACCUGGAAAGGACACAAAAGGAAAGGCUUGUGGGGUGGAGUGAGGAGAUCAGGUGCAGCUCCUGAGGCCCCUCCCAGGGGACUUGAUUCCCAGCAACGAGCUUCGACAACCUACAAGGGACACUCCACAGAGAUAGCACCCAGCGUUUCUGCUGAGGGCUGGUCACGCAUGUACCCUCUGCCUGGCAUGGCACAUGCCCAGCAAAUUCCAGAAUCCCAGAAGGAAAGCAGGUGCUCAGUCCGAACUCUCUGCACAUGGUGUAGGAACAGUCAGCCACUCUUACUGGUUAAUGGUGGUGGGAACCCUCCCGAAACUCAGGACCCCAGAUGCUAGCCAACUGCAGACUCCCUAAGCAGACCUUUAAGAGGACACCAUGUCAGGCCUGCUGUGUGAACUCUUUUCUGUCCAUCAUUUUACAGGUGAAGGGAGCUGGCAGCAAGGUCAGCAAAAGUUACCUGCUCAAGGUCACCCUGCGGUCACCUUGGAGCCAGCAUGGACCCAGUCAGUUUGGCUCCAGAGCUGCUGCUAACUUAGGCACAAAUGUACCAUAGUAAGUGGCCUUGCAGUGACAGGGUUGAGAUCCAUCUAGUUUCAGAUCCUGUCUCCCUGCCCACCUGCUUGCCUGUCUGUGUGGCAGUAAGACAUACUACUGAAAACAUUAGGCUCAUAGAAAACUUCAGUUAACAGUAGAGUAUAAUCAUUAGAGCUGCACUUUGUGGAGUCCGUACUGCCCACUGAAUCUUAUGUAACUUAUGCUUAUGUGCUGUUUGAAUCCUCAGAACCAUUUCAGAGAUGAGAAAGCGGCCUCAGUAAGUUCCCUACAAUGGAGGCAGGCCCUGUGCCCGGCUCUGCCUGGAGCCCCGGGGCUCUGCUCACGGGCCCAGAGCUCUCCCCGAAGGCUCAGAGAGUCUUUCCGCCCUAUGGCCACCGCCAAUCCGAGCACGUGAUUUCUGCCGUUAGAUCUGGUGCAUGUUCUGGUUCCUGUUUCUCCAGAUUUGUCACAUGUCCUUGGAUAAAUUACUUAAUGCUUUUUCUCUUGGUUUUUGUCAUUAAAAUGAGGAACAUACACCCAGCCGUUUAGUAGGUGAAUGAUUUUCAAGGAGAAUCGUUAGUCUUCAUCGUAUUUUUUAGUGUCCAACAUGCUCUGAGCCUCGCCUCCUUCAACAGCUAGAACAGGUGAAUAUGUUCAGAUAAAAUCACUUUAGAUUGUAAAAGUAGUACGACAAGCUUUCUACAGAAAAAAUGAAUUAGGCCACAUUGUAUUUGCCUGGCACAGUUGCCUUCUAUUGGCAGACUUCAGUGUCAGUUUGAUGCCAUCUGUCUUUUUUGGUAAAGAUGUUAUUUAUUUACUUUCUUAGGGGAAGGAAGGGAGAAAGGAAGAGAAACACCGGUGUGUGAGAGAUACAUGGUGGCCUCACACACCACCAACUGGGGACCAGGCCUGUGUCCUGACUGGGAAUCGAACCAGUAACAUUUUGGUUUGCAGCUGGUGCUCAGUCCACUGAGCCACGCCUGCCAGGGUGACAUCUGUCUUUUUAAAAUUGAUGUUGUUAGGUUUGAAAUGUUUAUACAAUGUGGUUCACAGCGUCACAGAUGUACCAAAAGAUUUCUGGAUAAAGUGAGAUUAUGGUGGAACAUUGUUGAACUGAAAUGGUUUUACAAGGAGAAAAAGAAUAGCUACUCAAGAGCUGUGUGAGUACAUAAUUGAAAUGAACUCUCAGGCACAGGAGUUGUUAAAGUAGGAUAAAUCAGCGCCCUCUCUUGGCCAGAACGGUGAACAGGAAGUGGUGCUGAACUCCAGGAGGAAAAACAAUGCUUAAUCCUCUAUAAAGGACGUAGGGGCAGCAAGGAUGGGAUCCCUAUGUUCCAGGUGGUGGUCCCCACAGUCCAGAGAAAUUGUCCCCCAGUGUCCAUCACAGUGGUCCCAUCAUAUCUCCAUUUGAUUCACCUGUCUGUCCCCUAUCCCGAAUACCUUUUCUUUUGAAAUUUAUUUUUCAAUUACAGUGACAUAAAAUAUUAGUUUCAGGGGUACAGUACAGUGAUUAGACAUUUAUGAGUGCAUUUUCUCACAUCUACAGUUUGCUUCUGUGUGGGAGCCACAUCUCCUGCUCCUGGACCGCUGCAGAAACAUCAGGCAUCGUGAAAGCCACACGUCACAGGCUGGGCAGGUGCAGUGAAAGCCUGUUGUGGCUGGGUGCGCACACUCAGGGCCGGGCUGAGCGAGUGCACAGGAGCAUGACGUUAAGUGUGCGCACCGGGCAUGUGCGGAGGCACGGUCCCGUUCAGGCUGCUCCAUGGGCUUCGAGGUGGCUCCACUGAGCCCCCGGCCUCUUGGGUUGCGUAAGAAUGGAUUGUUCCCUGGGGACUCCAGGGCACAGGGGACAUUUGCCACCAGCAGACAUCUGUGUGCCUGCUCCUGCCCCAAAUCACAGAUCCCAGGCCACCAUGCCACCCCUGGGCCCUUCUGUACCAAGGCUGCCAGGCUCAGCCAAACACAUGGGGUCCCACCUGGCUGGCACCCAGAGGCCAAGUCUGUCAUCAAGAGAAUUGUACAGACACAAAGAGUGGAAGCUACUCUGCUCUUCGCAGUUAGAAUAAAAUUAUUUUAAAAGGUUGCCAUGCCUACUCUCUUUCCAAGAGCUUCUUACAAUGGCAAACUACAUGUGCCAGAAAUAGGAUUCCAGAGACAACUCGCAAAAUAGAUCCAGGUGUGCAGCAGGUCAGCAGAGAGCAGAUCUGAUUAGCAUGGAUGCUCCAAGUACCCACUUCCCUAUCCCCUGUCCACUCAGUGGAAGGAAGGUUACUGCCCCCCUCAGCCAGCAGGCCCCCAAGAAAGCACUCACUCACUCUGGAGACCCAACCCCAGGGGCCCCACUCCUUUGUGGGAGGAAGGCAUGGGACAUACCUAGGGCAGGAGUACCUGGGUGGGGACACACCUAGGGAGGGGGCGGCGUGGAGUUGGACCACAGGGCAAACGCUCAUGGAGCCUCUGGUGUAAGGAGGGUUUGGCCAGAUAAAGUACUAGCUUCUGUCUUAAGAAAAUGUUUUAUUUUCUUAGGUUCCUUUAAAAAUUCUGAAUUGCACUGAAAUUAAAAUCACAUCUGAAUAAGA